GUUACACAUACAACUAGCUUUCCUCUCAAGCCCCAGAGCCUCGCCUAGCUAACUAUUUCCGACUUGCGUCUUCUUCCUCGCGCUCGCUUUUCCUAUCAAAGGCCCUCAACUUGCAGCAUCGGCUCACUGUGGCACUUGUUGCUUGUGGCGACAAGCAUCGAGUGGGCGGCACUGCGAGAGGCGCACACGCUUCCGACGGACGGAAACGCGCUCCUGGCUCUCCCGUGCUGUUUGCGGCGGCAAGGGCAGCCUAGCGGUAUGGAUUGCGACCUGCUGUCUGAGCUGCAGCAGCACACUUUGCGAGCGAGGCUGCUGAAGGCCAAGGAGCGGCACAUAGGCCACAGCAGCAACAUGCAGGACUACAACAACCAGAAGUCCAGCGCCCGCGGUCUCCUGUCCAAGGGCGGCGAGCACAAGGCCGCGGCCAAACCCAAAUCGACCGGCGGUUUCCGUGCCAAGCUUCUGGCGGCCAAGCGCCGUGCCGCCUUUGGCGGUGGCGCCUCGACCACGGCUAUGGCUGGCCAUGUGCCCGCGCCCUCUCCUAGCAGCGGCGGCAGCGGGUCUGACGCGGCCCCCGGCAGCGGUGGGGUCUCCAACGGCUCAUCGCGCCAGCAGGCGCCCUCGGCCAACGCCAACACCGACACCAACACCAACACCGGCAGCAACAAGACUGGUGGCACGAACACGACCGCCUCGCCUGCUGCACCCCAGCAGUCCAACGCCGCCGCUGCCACCACCGUCGCUGUUGCUCCUGCGACUGCUGGCUCAAUAUCAGGAGCCCGCCGCAUGGAGGGCCGCUGCCGCCCCUACCGGCCGCCCAUGCGGGUGCAGGGCGACGAGGGCGGCAAGGCGGCCACCGCUGGCACUGGCCCUGCUGGCAGCAGCAGCAGUGGCUCGGGCCUGAUGCUCCGCAGCUUGGUAGGGUGCCUGCUGCCCCACCUCGCCACUGCCGCCAUCGAGAAGGCAGCGCACGUCGCGGCCGCCGUCGCCCCCCGGGUGAUGGCACCCGUCGCCGCCGCCGCCGCCGCCGUGCACUACCGCCGGAUGGAGGCACCCGUCGCCGCUGCCGCCGCCGUGCCCUGCCGGAUGGUGGCACCCGUCGCCGGCGCGGUGGCGCCCAAGCUCGUGGCCUUCCGGCCUCCGCCGCCGCCCAUCAUGCCAGUGCACCAGCACCAGCACCAGGACCAGCACCAGCAGGCGGGGCCGCGGUACGUGGCGCGGCCGGCGGUGCAACCGAUGAUGGGGCCGCCUGUGGUUCAGGCUACCGCUGGCGCCGCGGCCGUGGCGGCGCCGCGGCUGCUCGUGGGGGCUCCGGUCAAGCUCCUGAUGGCACCUCAGGUGCUUCAGCAGCAGCAGCACAUCCAGCAGCUGGCCAACCGCGUGGCUUGCGUGCCGUACCCGCACCCGCACCCGGCGGUGCAGCCGCAGCCGGUCCUGGUGCACGGCGGCGGCAUGCCGGCUGCGCGCCAGCCGCACCAGCAGCAAGACCAAAGCCUGCAGAUGCGGCUGGAGCAGCGGCUGCAGCAGGCGAAGCAGAUGUGGCAAGCGACGAAGAAGAGGGUGCAGGAGGCGAAGGCCCGGCGGAAGCAGCGGAUCCAGGAGGCUAUUCAGGAGGAGGAGGACAUUGUUGUGGCCAACGUGCGCGAGCUCAUGCAGCGCGUCACCAGCGGCGCCCCCAAGCCCUUCGAGCUCAUCCGCCUCAAGCGGCACCUGGGCCAGGGUGCCUUCGGCUGCGUCGACUGCUGGGAGGUCACAGAGCGCCAGUCCGCCACCGCCUCCUCCGCGGCCUCCUCCUCUGGCCUGGCGGCGGCGGCGGCCUCCGGCACCGCCACUGCCACCAGCAGCAGCCGCACCUUUGAGGCGGCGGUGAAGACCUGCGCUCUGGACCUGGAGGGCCUGGCAGCGGGCGGCGAAACGCCGCAUACGGUGGAGAUGCAUGCCAAGGAGGCGGCGGCGGUGCUGGCGGUUCAGGCGCUGGACUCGCGGCACCUGGUCAAGGUGCUGGGGGCCUACGUCGACGUGCUGACACCCGGGGAGGACGUGCCGCCCCGCGGCUGCGGCAUCGCCAACCUGCGCGUCGGGCGCAUCGUGAUGGAGGUGGCGCGGGAGUCGCUGACUGACGUGGUGACGGGCCACCGCGUGCUCGCGCACUGCGCCGCGGGCGGCGCCGCCGCCGCCUUUGACGCCGACUCGGAGGACACGUCCGGCUACCGGCUGCCCGAGACCGCGGUGCGCGUGGUGCUGGCCUCGGUGCUGCUGGGCCUGCGCGACCUGCACGGCCGCGCGCGGCUGGCGCACCGGGACCUGAAGCUGGACAACCUUCUGGUUGGCACGGACCGUCUGAUUAAGAUCACCGACUUCGGCCUGGUCACGCCGCUUGACAGCCAGGGCCGCCUGGUCUCGGAGGUCGGGGGGCGGCGGGGCACGAAGGGCUACCAGGCCCCUGAGACGUUGGCGCGCCGCACCUUCGCGGCCAACGAGCGCGAACUGCCCAGCUGGCCAGCCGCCAAGAGCGAUGUAUUCGCGGUGGGCGUGAUCGGCGCGGCGCUGGUGUGCGGCACCGAGUCGGGGCCGGAGAUGGAGGCCUUCCGGGCCAGUGGCGAGCUGCCGCCGCACCGGCACGCCUCGCCAGCGCUGCGGCAGCUGCUCAAGGGCAUGGCGGCGGCGGACCCGGCGCGGCGGCUGGGGGUGGAGGAGGCACUGGCGCACCCCGCGCUACGCAGGGCGCUGAGCAGCGAGCGGGCGCGGCGCUUCAUCUGGUGAUGGCGGCAAGGCCAGAUCGCUCGGGCAUGAGGCGGGCUAUAGGCAGGCAGUGCGUUAGUGAUGAGCGGCGGCUGUCAAAUGAAUAAAAGAGUGCGUACGUGUGUGUCAGAGCUUACUUGCUUGAGGGCUGGGUAUUCAUAAGUAUAAAGACACAGCGUGCGCAGUGUUGAGGACCGUAUGGAGGUUCAUACUAUAACACAUAGAUUGGCGGCCUGAGGGAAAAUUGAUUGGCCUCAGGAUAGAACCCUUAGCACGCAAGCCGUGGAUGGCAGCGUGCAUAGUUGCGGCUGCUAAUCCUUGCUGCUUCCCCUUGAUUGAUUGAUGAUAGGCCUAGACACUAGAACGCCGCGCGUGCUGCUGUCUUGCCGCACUUGGCAGAUACGCAUGGAUAGGCCGUGGCCUAAUGGCUCCUUAUGCUUGUUCCGAAACGGAAGGGUACCAUCUGCUUGUGCUUGCGUGUGCAUUGUCGGUACUUUGGGCAACGGACUGAGGCCGGACUACCUUGAGCCGUAUUUUGACUCAUCCGUGUUGAUCUUUUUCCGUCCUGUCCGCGUGAUUGCUGACAUGCAUGGACCCCCCGCAGUUUGAGUACAGGUCUCGCGUAGAGCUUGACAUGUCGUGUGUGACCGUUUUGCGAUCCACGUGUUCCGUCAGGCCUAUACGGUCCAUGCUUGCGAGCUGUGUAUAGCCAGGAUUGUGCGAGCCUCUGAAGAGCCGUAAGCUGCUGGUCUUUUCCUAGGCGCGCAGCGGAGUGCACUGACGUGCGCAAGGUAACCCGCCUUGUAGUGCAAAGGGACACUCGACAAAUAAAUGGUUGUGCACGCCUGUGAUGAAGAGCCGCAAGCUGCUGGUCGUCUCCUAGGCGCGCAGCGGUAGGUGCGCACUGACCGCUCAGAGCGCUGACUCCUGGAACAUAUACAGCAGGUUCGUGCACAUGGUACGGUAACCCGCCUUGUAGUGCAAAGGGACACUCCACACAACCAAGCGUGUGAGCUUGGGUGCUAGGCAUUGACAUGCCUUACAGGGAGAUAAGUAUGACACGCGAGCUUGAUUGAGCCGCCCUUCGAAUUGUAAUAAGUGUUUGCU